AUGAAUCCUCUUAACGCAACACAAGUGGCAGGCACAGACCGUAUCAUCCUUAUUGCAGAACCUGAAGAAGGAAACGCCGUGGUUCUUUUGGAUCAAAAUUUUCUUCUUGGUGACGAUUUACAAAUUCAAUUGUCAAACACAGAAGAAAUACCAGAUCUUGUCUCAUACUCCCCUCUCCCAGUAGACGUCGCUGAUCGCCUGGGACAAGAAGCACAAGAAACACAAAACGAGUAUAUCGCCGUCCUUCAGAAGCAGAGAAGCCUUGAACGCAUAAAUAUGCCUACGUCUUCGGAGAAAAAGGACAAAAUCAGAGAACUCAUGAAGCCAGUCAAAGGAAAUACGGAUGAACUAAGCCCUUGUUUCUGCAACGAACCGUACGCAGACGAAACAGCGGAGGUCGACAAUAAUUCGCACGAAUCAGUAAAGAUGCCUGAUUGUACACAUAUUUUUGAGAAAUGUUGCAUCGUGCAAUGGCUGGGCGAUAACAGCCCCUCGACUUGCCCGAUGUGUAGGAAGGUAGUCCAUUUACCGAGAGAUAGACUGGUAAGACGAAAUGAUACAGACGAUCUUUACAGUAUCAUUGACUAUCAUCAAUGA